AUGUCGAAAUACUUUGGUUUAUAUUUGUUUCUAUUUGUGAUGAUUUGUCUCAAUUUAAUUAUUUCAAUUUCUGCUCGAACAAUCAUUGUUGAUAAACAAAAUCCAAAACAAUUUAAUACAGCUUUGUCCGAACAUUUGGAUUUUAUUCCUGAUUAUUUCGUCGUCCACCCUCAAUCAGACGUUGAUGCUGAAAAUGAAGAUAAUGAUGAUCAUGAUGUAGACAAUUAUGAAAAACGAAGUUUGAGAAUGAAAUUGGCCAAUAUAUUUGCAAGAUCUGAACCAAAAUAUACUAUUGCAUUUCCUUCCCUCUUACGUUCACGUCGAUCGACUAUCAAGAAGAACAAUAUCUAA